UGGAGAGGGCCAAAUGUGAACUGCGUUGACAGUACUGGAUACACUCCACUGCACCAUGCUGCUUUGAAUGGUCAUAAGGAUGUUGUGGAAGUUCUGCUGCGGAACGACGCACUGACCAACGUAGCAGACUGCAAAGGCUGUUACCCUCUUCACCUGGCUGCUUGGAAAGGAGAUGCAGACAUAGUGAAGCUCCUCAUCCACCAAGGACCUUCGCAUACCAAAGUGAAUGAGCAGAAUGCUCUUGAGAUCAAAGAACUCAAAAAGUACGGCCCCUUUGACCCAUAUAUCAAUGCCAAGAACAACGACAACGAGACAGCACUGCACUGUGCUGCACAGUAUGGCCACACAGAGGUGGUGAAGGUCCUUCUGGAGGAGCUGACCGACCCCACCAUGCGCAAUAACAAGUUUGAGACUCCUCUGGACCUGGCUGCACUCUACGGGAGGCUGGAAGUUGUGAAGAUGCUCUUGAAUGCUCACCCCAAUCUCUUAAGCUGCAACACUAAGAAACACACUCCUCUGCACUUGGCAGCUAGGAAUGGUCACAAAACUGUAGUCCAUGUCCUCCUGGAUGCUGGCAUGGAUAGCAACUAUCAGACUGAAAAAGGCAGUGCUUUGCACGAAGCUGCUUUGUUUGGCAAGACAGAUGUGGUACAAAUAUUGCUGGCUGCAGGUAUUGAUGUGAAUAUAAAGGAUAACAGAGGACUGACAGCUCUGGAUAUUGUGAGGGAACUUCCCUCUCAGAAAAGCCAACACAUAGCAGCUCUUAUUGAAGAUUACACCAUCGGGAAGAAAAGUGCCAAAGCUGCAGAGAAGACUGUUCAAGCACCACUUGUUCCUCCCACUGAUCCUGUGGGCCGGAUAUCUCAGGGUGAUGUGGAGAAAGCAGUUACAGAACUGAUCAUAGACUUUGACGUGAACCCAGAAGAGGAGAGUCCAUAUGAAGCUUUGUACAAUGCAACGUCCUGCCACUCCCUGGACAGCCUUGCCAGUGGGAGAUCCUCAGAUCGGGAGUCUCUGAAUAAGGAACCUGAAUCAACUGGUCACAAAGCAGCAGGAGUCAGGCCUAGAGAACGUCCACCACCACCUGCCAAGCCACCGCCUGAUGAAGAGGAGGAGCAGCAUGUGGAGAAGAUAGGCCAUGGUGCUUCCUCUGAGGCCUCUGGUGCACGAGGAAAGAGCAGGGGAAGUGGAGCUGAGGAAGAGGAACACCCUUACGAGCUGCUGCUUACAGCAGAAACUAAGAAGCCCGUUGCAGUGGAUAGGAAAACGAAAGACCACAGGAGGAGCAGUGGCGGCCGCAGCCAGGACUCUGCUGAUGGUCAGGACAUCCAGGUUCCGGAGCAGUUUUCAGGGUUGCUUCACGGUUCUUCCCCGAUCUGUGAGAUAAGUGAGGACCCUUUCAGGCUCGUUUCCUCCGUGGAGAAAGGAGGCACAGAAGCUACAAGCCAGGCACGUGCUAUGCAGCUGGAGGAUGCUGCCUUACCUGCCUGUGGCUCAGUACGGACCAGCUCUCCAGACCAAACCCAGAAAGUGGUCUACGCGACCGUGCAGCACACGCAUGUCAACCGGGCGGAUCCUGGAGCUGUAGUCACGCCCCACGUGCCCCAGCACCCCAGCGGUGCUGAGGAAGAGGGGGACAGAGCUGUGGGCAGAGCCCACCCGGGCAGCAAACCCAAAGCUGAGCUCAAACUCAGCCGCAGCUUGUCGAAAUCGGACUCUGAUCUUCUGACCUGCUCCCCGACAGAGGACGAUGCCAUGGGGAGCCGGAGCGAAUCGCUCUCCAACUGCAGCACUGGGAAGAAAAGGCUGGAGAAGUCCCCGUCCUUUGCUUCCGAGUGGGAUGAGAUUGAGAAAAUCAUGAGUUCCAUCGGCGAAGGCAUUGACUUUUCCCAGGAGCAGCAGAGGAUCUCAGGUUCACGGAUGCUGGAGCAGAGUGUUGGGGAGUGGCUGGAGUCCAUUGGCCUGCAGCAGUAUGAGAGUAAGCUGCUUUUGAACGGCUUUGAUGAUGUCCGCUUCCUGGGCUGCAAUGUCAUGGAAGACCAGGACCUUCGGGACAUCGGGAUCGGUGACCCACAGCACCGUCGGAAGCUGCUCCAGGCCGCUCGCUCCCUCCCGAAGUUGAAACCCCUGGGCUGUGAUGGGAACAGCCAGCCUUCGGUUCCUGCAUGGCUCGACUCUUUGGGGCUGCAGGAUUACAUCCAGUCCUUCCUCUCGAGUGGCUACAGCUCUAUUGACACUGUGAAGAACCUCUGGGAGCUUGAAAUAGUAAACGUGUUGAAGGUGAACCUGCUGGGCCAUCGGAAGCGGAUCAUCGCCUCCCUGGCAGACAGACCAUACGAGGAGCCACCAGCAAAGCCACCGCGCUUCUCGCAGCUGAGAUGCCAGGACCUGAUGUCCCAGACGUCGUCCCCCCUGAGCCAGAACGACUCCUGCACGGGCAGAUCUGCUGAUCUGCUGCUGCCCUCCGGGGACACUGGCAAGAGGCAGCACGAGCGAGGCACCGAGGCUGCUCCCUACUCCAGAGCUGAGCGCUACAAAGCACAGGAGGACCGUCGGGAGUCAAAGCUGACUCUGCGCCCCCCCAGCCUGGCUGCCCCCUAUGCCCCAGUCCAGAACUGGCAGCACCAGCCAGAGAAGCUCAUCUUCGAGUCCUGCGGGUAUGAGGCCAACUACCUGGGCUCCAUGCUGAUCAAAGACCUCCGAGGGACAGAGUCUACGCAGGACGCCUGUGCCAAGAUGAGGAAAUCCACAGAGCAUAUGAAGAAGAUCCCGACCAUUAUACUGUCCAUCACGUACAAAGGGGUGAAGUUCAUCGAUGCCUCAAACAAGAAUGUCAUUGCUGAGCACGAGAUCCGGAACAUCUCCUGUGCUGCUCAGGACCCUGAGGAUCUCUGCACCUUCGCUUACAUCACCAAGGACCUGCAGACUAGCCACCACUACUGCCACGUCUUCAGCACUGUGGAUGUGAACCUGACAUACGAGAUCAUCCUCACAUUGGGGCAGGCAUUCGAGGUGGCCUAUCAGCUGGCCCUCCAAGCCCAGAGGGCAAAGCCCCUGGGUGCUGGGGCAGGAGAAACCAUUGAAACAAAAUCUUCCAAACCGGUGCCUAAACCACGAGCCGGCAUGAGGAAAUCUGCACUGGAGCCCCCUGAAGUGGACCAAGACUCCCAGUCUCAUGCCAGUGUCUCCUGGGUCGUGGACCCCAAACAGGACUCCAAGCGGACCCUCAGCACUAAGUAUGAGACCACUAUCUUCUAA